AAACCGAAGGCUUCAAAGAUGUUUACGAUUGACGAGACGUCCGUGAAGUGGGGCCCCAGUAUUCCCCCGUCGCUUUCAUCAUUCCAUCCUACCUAUAAAACCACCAUCAUCUCUCUUCUUUCUUCAUCAUCGCAGAAUUCGCAUAUUUCUCUCUCUACCAUUCUAAAUUGGCAUACAUUCGCCACCGCUGUGAUUAUUGUUAUACAUUUUUGCCCAGAGGUUUUUUAUUUUUCUUAAAUGGAACAAGUUGAGGAGCUGGUUAGGAAACGAGUCCGAGAAGAGUCGGUGGAGGCGGCGCCGGAGCCGGAGAUCGACUCACCUGAUGUGAAGCGGCUGAGGGAGGAUCUGCUGGACGGGUUCGAUGACGAUUCUGAGUUCUGCACCUCGACUCAGGAUCUCGACUCGUUCAUGAAGAGUUUUGAGGAGGAGAUCACUGCCUCUCCGGCUUCCGGUCACGGCGCCGGAGCGGCAGAGGACGGAGUUAUCGAUUUGGUGUCGGAUUCCGGCGAUUCACGACCGGAUCUGGGGUACUUACUGGAGGCUUCCGAUGACGAGCUAGGAAUUCCUCCUCCGACGGCGUCUCCAGUUGGGGAAGGGAACGAGUUAAGGACUGAGGUUGCCAAGGUGGAGUCCGAUUCGUCCGAGUUCGGAGGCGAGUUCUGGGAGGUUCCGGGUUAUGACACGUACGGGUUUGGGUUUGGGGAAGUUGAAAAUGAUAUCGGUGAAUACGUGGCGCUGGAUGGUUUGUUUGAUUAUUCGGAUUUGGGAUUCGGGUCGGGUGAUGUUUCGUGGAGACCCGAAACGUUGCCGGCGCAGUAGGGUGGACCUUUUUGUUCCACCUUCCGACAGAUACAUGCUACUGUUAGGGUUAGGCGAAGAAUUUUGUUAAUAUCACCUUAUUUUAUUUUUUAUUUUAUUUUAUUUUUUAAUACUAAAAAAAUGUGACAGAAUACAUACAGAUCUAGAGAAGUUUAUUAACUAAA